CUUGGGCGCGACCUUUCGAAAAUGCCACCGACCGCCACGACCGCCGUCGAAUGGUCCAAGUUAGACAUUCGGCGUUUACCUACACUGGUAAAAGAAGUGGAUACCCUCGUAAAACUCGCCCCCGAGUACAAAGUGUUGUACUCAGAUGAACAGAUGCAUGCAUUUCUGUUAUCGCUUCAAUCUCGCAUUGAUGACGUCGAUGCCAUGAGACGGGAGUUUGCAGAAGAUCCCCGCGUCAUCGUCGUGGACCGCCAGCUCUUUCGUUUACGUGAUGUCUGCAUUGACUUGAAAUCGACUCCCGUUGUCGCAGAGUACAACAGCCGUUUGCACGAACCGAAAAGCGCGAAAUCAGCGCCAGAGCCGACGCAGGAGGUUAAGCCCUUGUACAGAUGGGAAGCUCGAAAGCCGACGUGGCGACAAGCCAUGGCAAGCCAAGACUUGAAUUACAUUGCGCUCAAGGAACCGGGACAUUAUUCCACCCGAAGCCCGGUGGAAAACACACUGCAACUGGAAGGCCAGUUUGAGUUUCAAAUCAUCAUGACUGAAGAUGAGUGGCGGUGGCAUCAAAAACAACGGCGCCAAGUGGCAGCCGAGUCCAAGCAUGUGGAGCGGAAGAAAAAGGCCGACGUCCUGGGCGUCGCCCCACAGCAGUAUGAUGGAAUAUGAAAUUUCCGUGCGGUGUAUGAGCAUGUUUCAUGCACGUGUGUGUAGGCGCUCCAUUCAAUCAAGCACCCCGUACAUCGACCCGCUCAAGCUUGAAAAAAGUGUGUACCGUUGAGUAGACACUUGAUACCUGUGGUCUGUGAAAAAUAGUAUUCUCAGCCUGCAGUAUAAAAUAAAAGAGGUCCUGUCAUACUGCA